AUGGCAUACAGCAGUCUCUUCGACACAGUCCAAACCCUACAAAAUGAACUAACAUCACUACAAAAUAAAUUCAACGAACUCCGAGAUGCCUACGAAGGGUUAGUGAUCACUUGCCAAACACUCGACGUUGAGAACAGAAAAAUCAUGGAUGAGAGUACUCAAGAUGGAACGACAGAUAUCCUAAGCUUAUUUUCAAUUAGCUCUGUCUGUCAGGAGAUACGAAUUGAUCAGAUGAAUAUGUUCAUUGUGGCGAAUCCUGAUAUUGCACGGAAGUAUGAGAUUGAGGCCGGGUUACUGAGCUGUGGACAGGGGGAUAGUUUGAAGACUUGGUCGGGGAAUGCUAAGGUCGACGUCGAGAUCCCAUCCGAUGAAAGAACGCAUAAGCUCUUCGAAGCCUGCUACGGCGUUUCGGUGGAUGUCCUACGGCCAUAUACUAACGACGAGAAGCUGCUGACGCUUCUAUCGCAACGGUGUACAUUGUACAAGCAUUUGUCGAAUCAGUUUCAUGAGCUCUAUGAUGACCUUUGUGAGAGGCUUAUCGAUGGGGGGGAUUACAAGGAGAUCUCGGUUGUUCUUCUCAGGGCUGUUGAGUAUACUCAUAAGGAUGUAAUGGGUCUAGGAGUGCAAGCUGUGGAGUCUGGGGAUCAGAAAAUUAAAAUAUAA